AUGACGCAGGCAGACAAGCUUUUGUCCUAUCUUGAGAACACUCCCGAGAUCAGCUUUUGUGCUAUAUACGAUGACCCAGAUUCACCUCUCUUCACACACUGUGGGCUUUUUUACCACAGCAGGCUUGUUGGGCCUUCCAUUGGGUGUGGACUCGAUGCAUACCGCAACUACUCCCAAAGCAAGGAAUUCAACAUGCGCCUGACAAUAACAGAUGGAGAUCCAAAACAGUACAGGACCUUUGUAGAUGCAAUACCAACUUUCUACCCUCUUUGCAAACACAAGCUUUGUCACUGGCAUCUACUGUAUCGCAGUAAUCUCAUGAAGGUGCAGACUGGAAAAUGUGGAGUUAAAGCUACUAUUCUAUUCCGCGUAGUUGUUCUUUGGAUUGAGAGCUGGAUGACCAAAAUUGAGACACAAGAGGAAUACGAACUUUCUAAAAGGCUCUUGGCUGAUUGGCUUGCAACCCCCGAAGCUAUUGAUGUCAAAUUGGGUGGUAUGGGGCAAACUAUUGUAUCGCAAAUUAAUGCGUACAUGACACUAAAUAGUGCUUUAAAACGACGGGGCGACGGGGUCAGGCCAAGCUUUUCCGUACCAAAAGCAACUCAGGUUAUAAACAAAGGGACACAACCUAGGUCAAAGAAGAGGCAUCAAAAAGCUGUUUACAAUUUAAAUGCUGCCAAGACGAGAAAGCCUGCCUACUACGCAAACAUUCGGGAUUUAGUGGAUUACAUUCAAGAUUCUCUUUCCAAAGAUUUUGAAGCAGUUGCUUCAUUUGUGCUCUUCUGUCCAAAUGCAGACCAGUUUUGGGUCAAGCAAGCCACUCGCAAAAGCAAAAACACGGACAUUCGGAAAAUCAACGACAGUAGCUAUUACAAGUACAUGAUUCCGCAGUUUGAACGCACACGAAUUGUGGAGCUUGUUAAUAUUGAUGGUACAUUCUAUUUGGUGUGUAGCUGCGGAAAAUUUCAGCGACAAGCUUCCCCAUGUGCCCAUCUUUACAAGGUUCUUGGUCAAUCACCCACAUCAACCGAUGUCUCUGUACGCUGGACAAAGCACUGGGAUGUGUAUUUGCACCGAAGUGGCCACAGUGACCUGUCAAAGCAUUUGGAAGACCUGUACAAACAGGAGCGACCAGGUCCAGUAUUUGUUGAUAGUGGUCAGUGGGUGAUCGGAAAAGGUGAAAAAGGGUCAAAUUUUUUCGAAACUUCGCUUCCGUACAAGCCCCCUGUCAUACGAGAUUUUAAUCGAUGGGCAGUGUCUUCGCAAACGACUGGAGCUGAUUUGAGUGGGACCAAAAAUACCACAAAUAUGUAUUUUUCGAGUGGAAUGGCAGUGACAACGGAAAGCGUAUCUUCUACGAAAAGAAUGUUUGGUUCAAGUGCUUUUGUGCACAAUUUCCAUUUCUACCAGGAAAUGUCCAAGCUGGCAGGAUUUGAUAUGGAAGCUGCUGAGUCGAUGAAUAUAGCUAUGCAAGAAGCAUUGGAAAAGGUACAAGCCAAUGUUGCAAAAAGGGCUGGGAAGAUGGAUUACACUAUAGGACCAGCCAUUACAAAGGACCAUGUAGGUCUAAGAUUGAAGCCAAGCUACAGUCCAAAGAAGAGGAGGAAACCAAACUUACAAAGGAAAUGA